AUGGAAACGUUAUAUUCUGCUAUCAGCUACGCCAAUAAGUAUCAUUAUGAGGCCUACGGCGUCCGUUACCUAUACAUUGACGGUAUCAGUGAGGCUGUGGGGUUCGUACCAGAGUAUUUCGUUCAAUCCAUGGUUUGGGAUCCCCAACUCUUCUCUCUCCCACCUGCUGCUUUUGAAGGUUGUGCAACUCGCGAGAUAUUCAUCCGCACCGAUUUUCUUCCGGAAAGACCUCUGGAAAGACGCGAUCUCCCUACUUUUAGAAAUUCCAGCGAUAUUACGAGAUGUUGCGAAUUCGCCUUCAACAAGCUCGUCAGGGACAAUAGCGCCAAUUCCAAUUUUCCCUCGCUGACCAAAUGGUCAGCCACGGAAUUGGAUCGACGAGAAAUCUCGUCAGUUUAUUUGUUCAAUAGUCAUCUACGAGAUAUACGCAUUCCGACGCCUUUGAGAGGGUUUCUCGGGAUCCUCACGGUUGGGGUACACCUCAACGUCUACAGCAAGGAUACUGGCGAAUACCGCAUUUGGGUCGCACGACGCGCCUCUGGUCCGGAAUAUAGCUACCCCGGGAUGUUGGACCAGAUUGUGGCUGGUGGCAUGGAUCCUGAAGACCGAGAUCAUGAACUCCUAGUCCCCCUCAGAACGCUGAUUCGUGAGGCCAGGGAGGAAGUAGGCCUCGAAAUCGACGAACGGACUAGAGCAGUGUUUGUGCCCGGCACUGAAACAAGGCCAAGGAGAGAAAUCGGCAAGGCUGUUAGGAUUUCGCACAUCACGUUUUUCGACAAAAAGGACCCCAGAACAGGCGAGCUUAACGAGCAUCAGCUUGAGCCUGGCGUUAGGAUCAUCUACGACCUCGAACUCACGAGCGAAUAUUAUCCACAACCGAAUGAGCCUAGCAUCGACAGUAUCAUGGCUAUGGAUGUGUCGCAGGUGAAGGAGAGCCUGUCGCAGGAAGGCGAAUGGAAGCCAAACUGUGGGCUUGUGAUGCUGGAAUUCUUGGUGCGGCACCAGCUUGUUAAUAUGAAUAACGACCGCCACUACGAUCGUAUCAUGGAAGGUUUGCGCCCGCACAUACCCUUUCAGUUUGCAAAUUGCUGGAGGGAUCGGAUUUCCGGGUAA